ACUUCAGAGAGGAAUGGCGUCCCCUCGCUCCCUCGUCCUCGGUCUCCCCGGCUUACUUCUCAUGUGGAAUGUUUCUCUUGGGUCCACGCUGGCAGGGAGCAGGAGAACAAGCCAAGAACGAUGCAACUUCAAGAUGCUGUCUGCAGCAGAUGCAAGUCGCAAGCUGGCCAUCACACUCAGAAGCGACAACUGCUCGUUAAACUACCCGCAAGGGAAACAUGUCAUCCACGAGGUCGCCAACGUCUCCUUCACCCAUUUGGCCUGUGAGGACCAAGCCGGUGUGGUGGUCCACUGGUCGGCCAGUCCAUUAGGAAUUGAACAUAUUAAAGGCUUCCGAGUUUACCUGGAGGACAAGAAUCCAGACGGGAAAAGAUGUCAACAUCUCCUCCUCAAAGACCCGCGACAGCUCAACUUCUCCCACAGGAACACGAAGCUGAGCAGUCAGCUGUUUAGCGGUCUGACCUUUGACACGGACUACAUGGUCCGCGUUGUUCCUUUCCCCACUCUGAUGAACGAGAGCUUCUUCCCGCCGUCUUUCCUCAGGACUAACUCCUGUGAAGUCCUGCUGGGCUCUGACAACCUGGUCUGCAAACCAUUCUGGAAACCAAAGACCCUGAAUGUGUCUCAGCUGGGCUCCAAACUGCACGUGACCUUUGACCAGGCCCCGCCUUCCUUCGGUUUCCACCUCUACUACGUCUACUACAAACUGCGACAGGAUGGACCCUUGCGACUGCAGCGCUGCAAGCCCGACGGCAACCAGCUGAAAACCACCUGCAUCCUCCAGGACGUCACCCCAGGGACCUACACCCUCGAGUUGAGAGACGACCGCAACACAACCAGGAGGCAGACACAGUACUACGUCAGCCAAGUCCACUCCCAAUGGGCGGGGCCUAUCCGGGCUAUGGCCAUCACGGUGCCUCUGGUCAUCAUGUCGGCCUUCGCCACGCUUUUCACCGUCAUGUGUCGGAAGAAGCAACAAGAGAACAUCUACAGCCAGCUGGACGAGGAGAGCAGCGAGUCUUCCGGUCACAGCGCGGCGUUGAACGCCGAGAGGCCGUGGCCCCGCCCCAAGGUCUUCGUCUGCUACUCCGGCAGAGACUGCCCCAAACACACCACCGUCAUCCAGAGCUUCGCUUACUUCCUGCAGGACUUCUGCGGCUGUGAGGUGGCGUUGGACCUGUGGGAACAUCUGGAGAUGUGCCGAGAAGGUCAGAUGUCGUGGCUCAGCAGACAGCUGGACGAGGCCGACUUCAUCAUCACAGUUUGCUCCAAGGGCCUACGCUAUUUUGUGGAAAGGAAGAGCCGCAGAGGAAAGACGCCGGUCGGUCGCCGCGGCAACGCCAGCAGCAGCUCUCCCGUUGGCGGAUCGGGCGGUGACCUGUUUGUGAUGGGCGUGGCCAUGGUCGGCGAGAAGCUGCGGCUGGCCAAGCAGAACGAGGAGAGCCACGCUCAGGAGAUGGACCGCUUCAUGACCGUCUACUUUGACUACUCCACGGAGAACGACAUCCCCACCAUGCUGAGUCUGGCUCCCAGGUUCAAGCUGAUGGACCAGCUGCCUCAGCUUUUCACCCGCCUUCACUCCAGUCAGUCCAGCCUGGCGGAGCGGGAGUCGCAGCCUCUCAACAUCUCCAGGAGGAACUACUUCAGGAGCAAGUCUGGGCGCUCCCUCUACGUGUCCAUCUGCAACAUGCACCAGCACAUCAGCCAGAACCCCGACUGGUUCGAGAAGCCAACGCCUCCCUCCGCUGGAAGUAGAUCCGCCUCCUGCUCGUCGCCGUCUCCUCCUCUUCCUCCUCCUCCGCACGACGCCGAAGCCCCCUCGUCCUCCACCAGACCAGAGAGAAGGCCGGAGGGCGGCCUGGUGCUGAAUGAGGUGCUGGUGAAGUCGCCACCGCUGGAGAGUGGCGAGGGAACCCUGAGGAAGAACGCCCUCUUGCUGGCUCCUGGUUCUAGCCUGAGCUGCAACCUCAGUUUAAGCCAGAGCUCCAGUCCUGGUCUAAGUCCUAGUCCUGCCUUUCCACAGGGAUCUCUGUCCAGGCUGGAACACACCUCAAGAACAUUUGCGGAAGAUUCUUCCUGCGCCGCGUCCAACGUCCAGGAGGAGGCGCUCCCCCUCUCCGGCCAGACGGACGACAGCUGCCCCUCCCCCCCCGAGCUGCCGCCACCUCGCGAUUCGGGCAUCUACGACUCGUCGGUCCCCUCCUCUGAGCUCUCCAUCCCCUUAAUGGAAGGCCUGUCACAUGACCAGGCUGACUCCUCCUCCCUGGCCGAGAGCGAGUCGUCGUCUUCCGGGCUUGGUGAUGAGGAGCCGCCGGCGGUGGCGUCGCUGGGCUGCAGCGCCCCCACGGUUUGCAAAGCAGAACUGCACCACUUGGAGCGCAGCGGAGGACUCGAACCUGUGGCACUGUGAUCUCAUCCUGAAGCUCUGGCAUCCAGCUGUGUGCAAACUGAACUGGAACACGCAACUCUGGAGCUAUGGGAUGUCUUCCACCGGGUCUUGUGACUCAGAACGUGCCAGGAUGUCCGUAACUGGGUCCUGGGACUAUGACGUCACCGGCACCGCCACUAUGAAAGAAAGGUACGCUCGUGCCUGCCAACUUCUCACAAGUGAGUGCUCAAUACUCAUAGGAGACGAAAUAUUUGGAGGACAGAACAUUGAGGCACUUUUUUUUGUAUAAAUCCGCAGUUUUCUGGCAACUGCGGACAGGAGCACCACUAUGAUACUUAUGUUUUGUUUUUAAUACUAAUAAGUACCAUAUUUUCCGGACUAUAAGCCGCACCCGUAUAUAAAAGGCACCCACACAAAUAAUAAAAAAAAGGGUUCCUUAUACAAGCCGCACCCAUAUAUAAGACGCACCCACCAAAUUAAAAAUAAAUAAAAUAAAUGUUUCCAAAUAUUAGCCGCACCAGACUAUAAGCCGCACCGACCAAAUUAAAAAUAAAUAAAAUAAAUGUGUCCAAAUAUUAGCCGCACCGGACUACAAGAUGCACCCGUAUAUAAGACGCACCCACUUAAUUUAAAAUAAAUAAAAUAAAUGUGUCCAAAUAUUAGCCGCACCGGACUAUAAGACGCACCCGUAUGUAAGGCGCACCCACCGAAUUAAAAAUAAAUAAAAUAAAUGUUUCCAAAUAUUAGCCGCACCAGACUAUAAGCCGCACCCGCAUAUAAGACGCACCGACCAAAUUAAAAAUAAAUAAAAUAAAAUGUUUCCAAAUAUUAGCCGCACCGGACUAUAAGAUACACCCGUAUAUAAGACGCACCCACUAAAUUUAAAAUAAAUAAAAUAAAUGUGUCCAAAUAUUAGCCGCACCGGACUAUAAGACGCACCCGUAUAUAAGGCGCACCCACCGAAUUAAAAAUAAAUAAAAUAAAUGUUUCCAAAUAUUAGCCGCACCGGACUAUAUGCCACACCCGUAUAUAAGACGCACCGACCAAAUUAAAAAUAAAUAAAAUAAAUGUUUCCAAAUAUUAGCCGCACCGGACUAUAAGAUGCACCCGUAUAUAAGACGCACCCACUAAAUUUAAAAUAAAUAAAAUAAAUGUGUCCAAAUAUUAGCCGCACCGGACUAUAAGACGCACCCGUAUAUAAGGCGCACCCACCGAAUUAAAAAUAAAUAAAAUAAAUGUUUCCAAAUAUUAGCCGCACCGGACUAUAUGCCACACCCGUAUAUAAGACGCACCGACCAAAUUAAAAAUAAAUAAAAUAAAUGUUUCCAAAUAUUAGCCGCACCGGACUAUAAGACGCACCCGUUUAUAAGACGCACCCACCGAAUUAAAAAUAAAUGUUUCCAAAUAUUAGCCGCACCGGACUAUAUGCCGCACCCGUAUUUAAGACGCACCCACCGAAUUAAAAAUAAAUAAAAUAAAUGUUUCCAAAUAUUAGCCGCACCGGACUAUAUGCCACACCCGUAUGUAAGACGCACCCACCAAAUUAAAAAUAAAUAAAAUAAAUGUUUCCAUAUAUUAGCCGCACCAGACUAUAUGCCACACCCGUAUGUAAGACGCACCCACCAAAUUAAAAAUAAAUAAAAUAAAUGUUUCCAUAUAUUAGCCGCACCAGACUAUAUGCCACACCCGUAUGUAAGACGCACCCACCAAAUUAAAAAUAAAUAAAAUAAAUGUUUCCAUAUAUUAGCCGCACCAGACUAUAUGCCACACCCGUAUGUAAGACGCACCCACCGAAUUAAAAAUAAAUAAAAUAAAUGUUUCCAUAUAUUAGCCGCACCGGACUAUAUGCCGCACCCGUAUUUAAGACGCACCCCCCAAAUUAAAAAUAAAUAAGAUAAAUGUUUCCAUAUAUUAGCCGCACCAGACAAAAAGCCGCACCCGUAGAUAAGACGCACCCACCAAACUAAAAAUAAAUUAAAUAAAUGUUUGCAAAUAUUAGCCGAACCGGACUAUAUGCGGCACCCGUAUUUAAGACGCAUCCGCCAAAUUAAAA